GUUAGAGAGAAGGGCUGGUCACUGAGUGCACAGCUCACUUCCUAGGGCAAAAAAAGAACAGUGAACAGUGCAGAGAACAUUGAAACAAAACAAGCACACAUGCAGCAGUGUCUUGUGUUGUGCAACCCUGGGGAUCAGCAGAUUCUUAAGGAUAGAUUCAUUCAGAUUUGGACACAUUUGGAACUGAUUUCCGAACAGCUGGGAAACGUAACGUUUCUUCUCCUCCCUCUUACUCAAUUUCCUCCUCCAGGCUGCAGUUUGAGAGAGUGUAAGUGAGCGAAAUAAGAGCAAAGAGAGAGAGAGAGAGAGAGAGAGAGAGGUAUUCUAACUGAGAUACUCACAUGUCUGAGCAGGAUCAACGUUACAAGAGGAGACGAGCCAAUGUAAGGUGCUGCGAGUGCAACUGCAUGCUCUCUCACCGGUAUUAUGAGAGGGAUGGACAGUUCUUCUGUAGGAAAGACUACUGGUCCCGCUUUGGGGAACAGUGUCAGGGCUGCUCAGAAAUCAUCACUACUGGCGUCAUUAUGGUGGCUGGAGAGCACAAAUAUCAUUCUGAAUGCUUCAUCUGUGAGAAAUGCAGCACCUUCAUUGGAGAUGGCGAUUCAUACAUCUUAGUGGAGCACUCCAAAUUAUACUGUGGGCACUGUUACCAUCAGUUGGCAUCAGCGAGGCAUCCAGGGUCAGAAUGUUCUAGACUUCCUCAUACAGUGGCGCUAGUGUCGUUUCCUCCUUCAGUAGAAAGCCGGAGAGGUCUUUCCCUAAGAGUGGAUCAGUGCCCUGUCAAUGGAAACAGCCCCGUUAUCAAAGUAUCUCAGUUGAACUCAAACAACACCAGUGCUGAAGUAAAGGGCCUGAUCCAUGUUGGGGACACUGUCCUUGAGAUUAAUGGAGUCUCUGUACAGAACAUUCCACCUGAUGAGAUUGACCUGCUGAUCCAUGACCUUGAGCACGGGCUGAAACUUACUAUAGAACACAACCCUAACGGCCUAAUGGAAGAUCCAUUUGAGCCACUCAAAGAGGAGGCAGACCAACCUGGAAAAUUAGCUGUCUUCCCUCCUCAGAGUCAAAGUCCACGACAACGCUCCAGACACAUUCUGCGUAGCUGCAGCAUUGAUAAAAGCCCAUGCUCCCACAGUCACCUGCCGCUGCUUUCUCACAGAAGAGACAUUAAUCGUUCAGAGUCUUUACGUAUCGACCCCAUUGACAAGACACAGCGUAUCUUCCGGCCCUCUGACCUGAUAAAUGGGGAGGUUUUGGGCAAGGGCUUCUUCGGACAAGCCAUUAAGGUGACACAUCAGGAAACCGGAGAGGUCAUGGUGAUGAAGGAACUUCUUCGUUUUGAUGAGGAAACUCAACAGACAUUUCUCAAAGAGGUUAAAGUGAUGCGCUGCCUGGAUCACCCAAACGUCCUGAAGUUCAUCGGAAUUUUAUUCAAAGAUAAACGACUGAACCUCAUCUCUGAAUAUGUGCCAGGAGGGACACUGAGAGAAACAAUAGAAAAAAUGGAUAGCAAUUAUCCUUGGAACCUUAGAGUAAGCUAUGCAAAGGACAUCUCUGCAGGAAUGGCCUACCUGCAUUCCAUGAAUGUUAUACAUCGAGAUCUAAACUCGCACAACUGCCUGGUCAAAGAGAAUAAGACAGUGGUGGUGGCUGAUUUCGGACUGGCACGACUUGUAAUGGAGGACAAACCUCAGAGACGGAAUUCUACUCCUGAACAAAUAUCUACCGGUACCCUGAAAAAGCCACAGCGGAAGAAAAGAUACACAGUGGUGGGGAACCCAUACUGGAUGGCACCAGAGAUGAUGCGAGGAAUAAGCUAUGAUGAACGAGUUGACAUCUUCUCUUUUGGAAUCAUUCUUUGUGAGAUUAUUGGCAGAGUGUACGCUGAUCCAGACUAUCUACCUCGCACUAUGGAAUUUGGCCUAGGUGUGAACGAAUUUCUGGAGCGCUACUAUCCCACUGAAUGCCCACCCUCGUUCUUUCCUCUUGCGGCUCUCUGCUGUGACACAGAGACAGAAAAACGUCCCACAUUUGCAAAGUUAGAAGAAUGGCUGGAGAACUUGCUGAUGCAUUUGGACAUUAGACUUCCUGUAAUGUCAGAACUGGAAAAGGUGCGGCAAGCUUUUUGGGAAAACCACAGCCAGUCUCAGCAUACUAAUGGGUUUCCACAUGGACAAAAACAGACACCAGUGUGAUGCCGAAAGGUGAAAUAUGCUGUGAAGGACAUGCUGUGACUUCAAGGCUCCGUGGGUAGUGCUAAAUUAACAAAAGGAAGUUUAAAAUAUACUUCUUAGUCCCAAAAGUGUAUCACCACAUCAUAGGUACACUCAUAUUUUAUCAUUUUUUGCAUUGUACUUAAUACUGUGAAUCUGUGCAUACAUUUAAGACUGAAUAAAGCUGGAUCUGUUAGGUAGUUUUUUUUUUUGUUUUUUUUUUAGCAUAUAUUACUAUAUAAUUUAUUUUAUUCUUGCUACAAAUGUGGAUUUUUUUUAUCCAAUACACUUUAAUGCUAUGAACAACUGAAUCACACAGUGUUGUGUUGUCAUUGUUGUUUUCACUAAAUGAGGCAGUAUUACAACAUGCAGUAAAGAAUGAUGCAAAUAAAUCAUCUCUGCCUGUA